AUGGCUGAAGAGGAGAAGAAAAGAUUUCUCGAGGGCAACGAGAUGGAGCUCGGAGAGAAGCAGGGGAGAACCUUUUCUCACGCUCCUCAACCGUCAAUCCCGAGAUAUUCACCCCCUGCGUCCAACUGGCAGAACAAUCCCAUUCUUCCAGUCGUCAGUUACUGUGCCUCGUCUAUCUUGAUGACGGUGGCCAACAAAUACAUCCUUUCGUUUCCUGACUACAAUCUAAACUUCCUCCUGCUGGCUGUUCAGGGAAUUGUCUGCGUCCUGGCUAUUCAAUCCUGCAAAACCGCCGGUAUCAUCACGUAUCGAGACUUCAAAGCAGACGAGGCCAAAAAAUGGUUUCCCAUCUCCCUCCUUUUGAUCGGAAUGAUUUACACGAGCACAAAAGCCCUUCGAUAUCUCUCAAUCCCUGUGUACACCAUCUUCAAGAACUUGACCAUCAUCUUGAUUGCUUACGGCGAGGUGCUAUGGUUUGGAGGCUCAGUUUCAUCCAUGGCUCUCUUUUCCUUUGGGUUGAUGGUCCUCAGCUCCAUCAUUGCGGCAUGGGCCGAUAUCAAACAUGCGUUAGAAUCACACGGCUCCGCUGCGGCUGCUGCAACGGCACAAUUGGCGACAUUGAACGCCGGGUACAUCUGGAUGUUUGCCAAUUGUCUAUCCACUGCGGCCUACGUGCUGGGGAUGCGCAAACGCAUCAAGCUGACGAACUUCAAAGACUUUGACACAAUGUUCUACAACAAUCUUCUCACCAUCCCCGUCCUCUUGAUCGCCUCUUUGACCCUGGAAGACUGGUCCGCCCUCAACCUGUCCAAGAACUUCCCAAUCGAUUCGAGAAACGCAAUCAUUGGCGCUAUGAUCUUUACCGGCAUGUCGUCGAUUUUCAUUUCAUACACAUCUGCUUGGUGUGUGCGGGCUACAUCCUCAACCACAUAUUCUAUGGUUGGAGCGCUCAACAAACUCCCCAUUGCCGUGUCGGGUCUCAUCUUUUUCGACGCACCUGUUACCAUCCCCAGUGUCUCGGCCAUUACUGUUGGGUUUUUCAGCGGCAUUGUCUAUGCACUCGCUAAAGUCCGAGAGUCGUCGAAACCCAAGACCAUCCUGCCCACGACAAAUACUAUGAGCGCCAGCAGCCAGAGUAAUCGAGACAGUCUCAAGGCAUGA